AUGCCUCGGCUGUGUGUCCCGCUGCUUCUCUGCGUCUUUGUGCUUGGACUCUUCUGCCUCUCAGCCGAGUCUCGUGAGAAAAGGGGUGUGCCAAACUGGGCGCUGACGUCGUCGGACUUCUUCGGCUGGGUUGAGGAGCUGCGUUCUCACGCUGGUUAUGACAAGAUUGAGGAGCUGGCCAAAACCUUCUGGGCGCACUUCCCCUCGGCCAGCCGUCUGGGCUACGACCCCCCUGCUCCCGAAGAAUGA